GUGACGUCACCCCGCGUUGUCCUGGGUGGCCUGUGUUCUUUCAUUGGGUUCGGUGGAGAGUGGAAGCUCCGUGUUGUCUGCAGCUGUCACUAUGGUGCUGGAUCUGGACUUGUUUCGCGAGGACAAGGGAGGAAACCCGGAGCUCAUACGGGAGACCCAGAGGAAGAGGUUUAAGGAUCCAGGCUUGGUGGAUGCUGUGCUCAAGUCAGACGCUGCAUGGAGGAAAUGCAGGUUCCAAACAGACAACCUGAACAAGCAGAAAAAUCUCUGCAGCAAGACUAUUGGGGAAAAAAUGAAGAAGAAAGAGCCUGUUGGUAACAGCGACAAACUCCCAGAAAAUGCCCAGGAUGUAGACCAGUUAACUGCAGAAAUUCUGAGUACAUUAUCAGUAACACAGAUUAAGAAACUACGAGUCCUGAUAGAUGAGAAAAUUGCAGAAACGGACAAAGAACGUUUGUGUUUAGAGACUGAGAGGUUCGAAAGCCUUCGAGAAAUAGGAAACCUGCUACACGCAACUGUACCAAUCAGUAAUGAUGAGGACAAUGACAACAAAGUGGAGCGCACAUGGGGAGACUGUGAAGUUAAAAAGAAGUACUCUCAUGUGGAUCUUGUGGUUAUGGUGGAUGGUUAUGAAGGAGACAAAGGUGCAGUGGUUGCUGGCAGCAGAGGCUAUUUCCUGAAGGGUCCACUUGUAUUUUUGGAGCAAGCCAUUAUCCAGUGUGCACUUCAGACUCUAGCAGGGAAAGGUUAUACACCCAUAUACACCCCAUUCUUCAUGAGGAAAGAAGUCAUGCAGGAAGUAGCUCAGCUAAGCCAGUUUGAUGAUGAGUUGUAUAAGGUGAUUGGGAAGGGUAGCGAAAAAUCUGAUGAUAAUUCCAUUGAUGAAAAGUACCUGAUUGCAACAUCAGAACAACCAAUUGCUGCUUUACAUCGUGAGGAAUGGUUAAAGCCCGAGGACUUGCCCAUCCGUUAUGCAGGUAUAUCCACUUGCUUCCGACAGGAAGUGGGCUCCCAUGGAAGAGAUACACGAGGAAUCUUCAGAGUGCAUCAGUUUGAAAAGAUUGAGCAGUUUAUAUUUGCCUCUCCUCAUGAUAACAAGUCCUGGGAAUUGUUUGAUGAGAUGAUUAGUUCAGCAGAAGGAUUUUACCAAACCUUGGGCAUCCCCUACCGCAUAGUUAACAUUGUUUCAGGUUCUUUAAAUCAUGCAGCCAGUAAGAAGCUUGACUUGGAAGCAUGGUUUCCUGGCUCUGCUGCCUUUAGAGAGUUAGUGUCUUGUUCAAACUGCACCGACUAUCAGGCGCGAAGGCUGCGCAUCCGUUAUGGACAAACAAAAAAGAUGAUGGAUAAGGUAAAGCAAUGGGCUCAUUUUAGUCAGCUGUUUGGUCUCUAUGCUGAAGCUCGAGCUGCAAUUAAGAUAUGGAACGCUGACUUUGUGCAUAUGUUAAAUGCUACUAUGUGUGCUACAACACGAACCAUCUGUGCAAUCCUGGAGAAUUAUCAGACUGAAGAAGGAAUAAUUGUACCAGAAAAACUCAGGGAUUUCAUGCCUGCUGGAUACAAGGAUAUAAUAAAAUUUGUCAAGCCAGCUCCAAUUGAUAUAGAACUAACAAAAAAACUAAAGAAACAGCAAGAAGGUGGGAAAAAAAGCCAAAACAGUGAACUAGACUCCAAGAUGCAGAAAAUGGAAGUCAAUAGUGCAUAAUGUUAGGAUAACUUCCAUCAUUUUAUUCCAAUGCACGAAUCCUAUCAGCCUACCGACAUACAACUGACCAUUAAAUUAUUGGGCCUAUGUCAUUUUCAUGUACUCCUGUAAUAUUAUUUACGCUCUCUAGUCUGCUUCUGCUUACAACAAAGAACAGUUGGACUGUUUUAAUUCAGGGGUUAUUACAGAGGCAAAGUGGAAUCAAAUGUACUCCUAAAUAUAUAUUUAAAAA